UUCCCGAGCGAUGUGAUCGCCGAUAUGCCCGAAAUAGCGCCGAUGCUUGCCGAACUGGGCUAUGAUCCGUUAGCAAAUCCACCGAAAUAUGGUUCACCGGAUGAAAUGGUAUUAAGAAAUACGAAUGAAUUGCAUAAGAACAGUGAACAUUGGUACAAGAAAGCAAUUGAGCAGGUUGCUGAUCCAGAACGUGUUGAUCCUCCGAAUACGAAGUGA